ACUUUGCCACCAAAUGCCCUUUAAAAGCCGGGGCCCACCAGUAGAGCGGGGGAUUCUGGUGGGCGCUAUACCUUGUUCUUUUUCCCAUUCCUCCCGCACUCAACUACCGUUCCGACUAAUCUUCCAGGGGGUCACUCACUCCGACAGUGCUCUGUUGGAUACAGGGGCCGAGGGCAACUUCAUUGAUGGUGUCACCGCUCAACGUUGGAAGAUCCCUUUUAUUCCACUCUCUGUCCCCAUUUCUGCCCGGUCGCUGGAUGGCACUCCACUCUCCACCAUCACUCACUCCACCCCUAGAGUAAGUCUUUUUAUUUCUGGCAACCACUGCGAAAGCAUUGUGCUGUACAUUCUCGAAUCCCCCAACAACCCUAUUAUUUUGGGGCAUCCUUGGUUUGUACAGCACAAUCCUCAUGUGAAUUGGGCCAGCAAUUCAGUUUUAAUUUGGAGCCCUUCUUGUUUUGUAUCUUGUCUUGGUUCUGCUCCCUCUCCUGCCUCUGUUUCUUGUCUUCUGCAGGUGGAUCCUGCGGACCUUACCGGUGUUCCGGUGGAAUACCACGAUCUUCGUGCUGUCUUCAGCAUGUCCCGAGCCACCUCUCUGCCUCCGCAUCGCCCCUACGACUGUGCCAUUGAUCUGCUCCCGGGCACUUCUCCGCCUAAGGGUCGCCUGUUUUCCCUAUCUGGUCCUGAAAGAGAGGCCAUGGACCAGUACAUUCGUGAUUCUCUCCAGUCUGGGCUCAUCCGUCACUCCUCCUCUCCUGCCGGUGCUGGCUUCUUCUUCGUCCAGAAGAAGGAUGGCUCCCUGCGCCCUUGUAUUGAUUAUCGAGGUUUGAACGACAUUACCGUUAAGAACAGGUACCCCCUACCUUUAAUGUCUUCUGCCUUUGAACUCUUGCAGGGAGCCAAGGUCUUCACCAAGUUAGACCUCCGCAAUGCCUACCACCUUGUGCGCAUCCGAGAGGGAGAUGAGUGGAAGACGGCGUUUAACACGCCCACGGGACAUUAUGAAUAUACGGUGCUUCCGUUUGGUCUCACCAAUGCCCCUGCCGUCUUCCAGGGCCUCAUUAAUAGCAUUCUGGGUGACAUGGUUAAUCUGUUUGUCUUUGUGUAUCUGGACGACAUUCUGAUAUUCUCCCCUUCUCUCCAGGUACAUGCCCAACACGUUAGGCGGGUCCUCCAGCGUCUACUCGAGAACCAACUUUUUGUCAAGGCGGAGAAGUGCGAAUUCCAUGCCGAGUCAGUUUCGUUCCUUGGCCACAUAAUAUCCACUGAGGGUAUACAAGCUGAUCCCGCUAAGGUAAAGGCUGUCGCCGAAUGGACCACCCCCGACUCCCGUAAGGCCUUGCAGCGCUUCCUGGGUUUCGCCAACUUCUACCGGCGAUUCAUCAGGAACUUUGGUCAGGUUGCUGCACCGCUCACAGCAUUAACCUCCACUAAGGUUUUCUUCAGGUGGAAUCAGAAGGCUCAGGAGGUCUUUGAUAAAUUAAAGUCCCGUUUUAUCUCUGCUCCUGUCUUGACUGUUCCAGAUCCUGACCUCCAGUUCAUUGUUGAUGUAGAUGCAUCGGAUGUCGGGGUUGGCGCAGUCUUAUCUCAGCGAUCUGCUAUCGAUGGGAAAGUGCAUCCUUGCGCCUUCUUCUCCCUUCGGCUCAGCCCAACGGAGCGUAACUACGACAUCGGUAACAGGGAGUUGUUGGCGGUCAAGUUGGCCUUGGGUGAGUGGCGUCACUGGCUGGAGGGAUCAGCUCAGCCCUUCUUGGUCUGGACGGACCACAAGAACCUUGAGUACAUCCGUUCAGCCAAGAGGCUGAGCUCACGUCAGGCUCGCUGGUCACUUUUUUUCGGCCGGUUUAACUUCACCCUCUCGUUCCGGCCUGGGUCUAAGAACAUCAAACCUGAUGCGCUCUCCCUUCUGUUCGAGCCACCAGAGGGGGAGUUUUCGGCCGAUGCCAUCCUCCCUAAAGAGGUGGUGGUCUGGACGAUCUCUUGGGGCAUCGAACGACGGGUAGAGGAGGCUGGCCGAGGGGUGCAAGUGCCGAAGAAGUGUCCAGCGGGCAGACUGCUGGUGCCGGCUGCGCUGCGUCCUGAAGUCCUCCGGUGGGGGCACUCGUCCAGACUGACUUGCCAUCCAGGCAUUCGGGGAAUGCGGGCUGCCGUCCGUCAGCGUUUUUGGUGGCCGUCAUUGGUUCCGGAUGUCAGACAGUUCGUGUUGGCCUGCCCGACAUGCGCUUAAACCAAGCCCGGUAAUCGUCCUGCUGCUGGUCUGCUUCGUCCGCUUCCCAUCCCCUCCCGCCCCUGGUCUCACAUCGCCCUUGAUUUUGUCACAGGGCUUCCCCUUUCGGUAGGUAACACAGUGAUUCUCACUGUGGUGGAUCGCUUCUCCAAAGCAGUCCAUUUUAUUCCCCUUCCCAAGCUUCCCUCAUCCCGGGAGACUGCUCAACUGCUGUUUGACCAUGUCUUCCUUCUUCAUGGCCUGCCGGUCGACGUGGUCUCCGAUAGGGGGCCGCAGUUCUCCUCCCGGUUCUGGAAGGAAUUCUGCAGACAGAUUGGGGCCUCAGCUAGUCUGUCCUCUGGCUUUCACCCCCAGACCAACGGGCAAUGUGAGUGGGCCAACCAGGAUCUUGGUAGAAUGCUCCGCUGUCUGACAUUAACCAACCCGAGUUCUUGGUGCCAGCAACUCUCGUGGGUCGAAUAUGCCCACAAUUCUCACCCGUCGGCUGCUUCAGGUUUGUCCCCCUUUGAAUGUUCAGUUGGUUAUAACCCACCUCUGUUUCCCUCACAGGAACCCGAUGCUGCGGUCCCGUCUGCUCUGGCUUUCAUCCAGCGUUGCCGUCGCACCUGGCAGAAGGCCAGAGGGGCUCUGGCCCAUACUUCCAGACGCACCAAGGCAGCAGCCGAUCGUCACCAAUCUUCUCCUCCUACCUAUGUGUGUGGUCAGCGGGUAUGGCUGUCCUCCAAGGACCUCCCUCUCCGGGCGCCCUCUCGUAAGUUGGCACCCAGGUUCAUUGGGCCAUACUGCAUCACCAAGGUGGUUAACCCAGUGGUGGUCAGACUCAGGCUUCCCACCGCCCUGGGUCGGGUUCACCCGGUUUUCCACGUCUCCCGGGUCAAACCUGUGAUGUCUUCUCAUUUCAACCCAUCUCAACAUCUCGCAUCACCCACCCCCCCCGCCUCGUCUCGUGGACGGCUCUCCUACUUACUCCGUCAGGAGACUACUUGACGUGCGUUGCCGUGGUAGGGGAUUCCAGUAUCUUGUGGACUGGGAGGGCUAUGGCACAGAGGAGAGAAGUUGGGUGCCUUCUCGGGACGUUCUGGACCGUUCGUUGAUCGAGGACCUCCAUCGGAGACGAGGUGAGCCUCCUCCUAGGACGCCAGGGGGCGCUCGUGGGAGGGGGAGUACUGUUGGGUCUCUGGGUUAGCCGCCUGCUUUUCUCUCUCUGUGUGUGGUUUUGUUUUGUGUGCCGCUACUCUCAUUGUCUGUGUGUAUGUGCCCCGCCCUUCUCGCCUCUUCACUCGUUCCCCAUAAUUAAUGCUUAUUUCUCUCACCUGGUUCUCGUUUACGUCAACCUAUUUAUGUCUCCUAGUUUUUUUCCCCUGUGUGCGAUCGUCAUUUCAUGUGAACACCGUACCGGUAUAGUUGCCUCUUGUUUUGUCUUGACUUAGAUUCUUUUCCUAGUGAGUACCUCGUCUCGUCUAUGUUUUUACCUGCUUGGAUUAUUUUUCUAUUUGUGGAUUAUUGUCUUCCCGGUCAUUCCAGUGGGUGUGGAUUGUUUUUUCCUUUUUUUUGAAACAUUAACUCUUUCGGUUUUUUGUCUGCCCAGGCUCCGGGGUUUUGUUUGUUUUUCUGGCCACCUUAUUUUCUCUCAGUUGUACCCUGGAUCAGCACUUGUCACCCGGGCAUCCAGCGACCAGGCACCCCGAUUCUUCACCCUCCCUCGGUCACCAGAGUUGGGACUGGACCGGUAUACGUUCGCCUAAGGGUUCUUUCGUGCCUCCGAGUUGAGCCUUCCCUUCGGGUGGAGUCUGACCAGACUGCUGUUCCACAACUGACUUCCUCCCGCCGAUAACCUGAUCAUUUCACUCCGUGUGUCUGUAGAAUAAAGUCUGUUCACCUGUAAUUGAAUUUGUGUGCUCUUUCCCUUACAGACAGCUGUAAACAUACUUAACAACUAAAUGUACUUAACUCAAAAUGUACAGUGACUUACUGUUUGCAUUGUAAGUUAUUAUUAACUUUGAUACAAUAUUAAUUUAAAAACUAUAAUAUUACAGUUAUUUGAUUGUUAACAAUGUUAUACUAUGUUAACAAAUUGUUGCAGAACAACUCUUCUUUUCUCUUACUGGUCUCAAAUCAGAUAAUGGCAUAAGAGGGACAUGGCUCUUGUGGGUGUACCUGCUCUCCUAAAGUUGGCAGCUUUUUCCCUGCUGCUAAUUUUGCCAUCAUGCCUGUAUGCAUGUCCGAGGUCCUGCAGUUGCCCCAACCCUAAGGAGGUCCACUGUACCUUCCGUCACUUCCCCUCUGCCCCACGCAACAUACCCAAAGACACAGAAAGGCUCAACCUAGGCUAUAACAGCAUUGGAAAUAUUGGGUCUUCAGAUUUUGCAAAUCUGCGGCAACUGGAAAUGCUUAUGCUUCAUGGAAAUGACAUUGCCUCUGUGUCUUCAGGAUCCUUUUACCAUCUCCGUUCCCUUCAGAUACUUAAGUUAAGCUACAACAAACUGAAAAGAGUAGACCCAAGCUUGUUUGAGGGCCUGACUAGUCUCGUACGACUGCACCUAGACCACAACCUCAUUGACUUUAUUGAGCCAUUUUCCUUUAAUGGACUCACCUCAUUAAAGCUACUGCAACUGGAAGCGAACCGAUUACGAGACCUCCACCCACAAACAUUUAUUACUGUGUCAGUUCUGGGCACAUUUUGGACCUCAGGUCUCCGGCACCUGCAUCUGGCAGACAACCAACUGGAAUACCUGCUGCCUGGUACUCUGCAACACUUCAGCAAGCUAGAGGUUCUCUCCCUACACAGAAAUCCAUGGACAUGUGACUGCCACUUACAGUGGCUUUUGGAGUGGGACAAAAACCAUGAAGGAGUUAUUAAGCGCAAAAAGGACCGUGAUUCUGCAGAUAGUGGCAACUGUGCUGAAUGUGCCUCACCACAAUCCCUGAACAACAGUCAGAUCUUUCAGCUUUCAACCAACCAGCUCACCUGUGACCGACCCUCCCUCCAGUCUCCACUGAAAAUUGGGGAAAGCAGCAUCUGGGAAGACCAGGAGCCAGAUGCCCCGUACAUUAAGGACCUAGAACGUCCUCUAGGCCACCUGACCUUCAUUCUCUCUGACAGCCAUGGAAAUCAGGCCCAUGUGGCUUGUGAUGUAACACGUCCAGUUGAAGGGACCACUAUGAUGUGGUAGCCAGUCAAAGGAACAGAUGAGAUUGUUGUCAAUGUGACUCUGCGGACCUUCCUGGAGUGUGAGAUUGACAGGGAUGCUUUACAGAACCUGUGGAGGUUGGUUGCCUACUACUACGAGAGCCCUGCUAUUUUGGAGCGAGGAACCAGACUUGGAAAUUCUUCAAAGGUUACUUUUCAGUACUCUCAAGCCACAAAUGAGGACUCACCAUAUUUUACAGAGCUCAAAGGACACUUAAUGGCUGAACCUGUUUGGCUUUUACAACCAAGGGUCACCCUUCAACUUAACAGGCGCAAAACCACAACAAAAAAACUGGUGAUGAACUUUUCCACAUUUGUAUCCAAGCACAGUAUUGGAAGAGGGGAUGAGGAAGAUAAGAUUUCCACCUGGGCUAUCAUCCAAAGAGGAGCCCCAGGGAGAAUUCAAACAGUACUAGAGUACUCAGAGGUCAGUCUGGACUGUGGCGUGCUCAGCUCAGGGCAUCAGCCUGUGGAGUGGAUGCUUCCAGACUUAUCGACUUUGGAUCAAACUGACUCCCAUACAGCAACGAUGGAAAAUAAUAGAUUGGUUAUAAAAAACACAAGCAUAGCAGACUCAGGGCUUUAUCAUUGCUUUGUGAGAACAGACACUAAUGUGGACAUUGUGUCUUAUAGACUCACAGUCAGGAUGCGCCUUCUGAGUCCUAGUGAUUUAAAUGGAAAAAAGAUGUCUAUAGAAAAUGGGGACAUUCUUAAUCUUCCUUGUUUAGUAACUUCUACAGAGCCAGUGGAGACUAGAUGGUACUUGCCAAACCAUCAGGUUCUCAAAGCAUCAGGCAUGAAAGGAAGGGUCUAUGUAUCACAGAACAACACAUUAAUAAUCCAAAAAGUAACUUAUGAGGAUGCCGGAGAGUACAGUUGUUUGGCAGCUAACCUUUAUGGUGCAGACAUGUUGUCUCAUCUAGUUGUUGUAACCGGUGAAAUGGAAGUGCAAAGAAGUAUUACAAUGUCUGAGCAUGAAUUACCACUCUUUGGCGUUGAUGACAACGAAGGGUCGGGAUUUGAAGAAAUCAAACGACCAUCUCCUGAACUUACACCUCAAAGGGUGGACGGAAAACUCAGAAGUGGUGUUUUCCGACAAAAUGCAAAAGGGAAGAAAAUCAAAGUAAGUGUGAGGAAACCUAACAACUCUGUCAAAGAGGUUGACCCAAGUUGCUUGGAACAGAUUCUUGCUGAAGCUAAUGCAAGAGUCUCACCCAUGCCACCAACACCAGCUACAACACGUUCAGAAAUGACAAGCACAUUAAAAAUAAUGACAGACACUACAAUGAUUAUAGCCACCACCCCUUUGUUAGAGGAUGUAAAUGAAGAAACUAAAACAGAUGUUGAAGUUAGCAGUGCCAGCACAAGUUCAAGUGUGCAGAAUUUAAAUGUGACACAGCUGGAACUGCCGCCCCUCAGUGAGCACAUAAAACAGGAUACUUCACAGGAAUCAAAACAAAAGUCAAGUGAUUCUAACAUUUCAGAUUUGACCUUAGAACACAUAGACUCAACAACAGUACCUGAACCUGAAAUCCAGUUGGCAAAACACACAAUAGAGGAUAAAAUAAGGGCUAACAACAAUUCUAUCUGGAACCAAAGGCGGAGAUUCCCAUAUAGACACCGUAGGCCUCCAUUACGUAGGUUACGUCCUAAAAGACCAAAUUUCACCCCAGUUCCCACUUCUGUAGUCCCAUUGACUCUAUUCUCAAAGAAAAGUCUGGUGUUGAGCACUGACUCUUAUUCUUUAACCCAAAACAAAGAAACCACAGCUUUAAUGACUUUAGUAGUUUCUGUUCCACAUGAGCCAGUCACUGCAAGCGUGGCUUUGCCAGUCACAGAAGAUCCUGUAAAAGUAGUCAAAACAAUGUUGAGAAAAGAGGACAGAAUAAAUAGAUUUGAUGGCAAGACGAAACACCACAUAUCAGGUCAACACAUAAUUACAACAGCUCUGGAAGAAACUGAACAAGUUUCUAAUACACUUGCCCCCAUACCAAACAAAAGGUAUGAAAAUGACAACAGAGAAAUCAUUUUAAAAACUAACAGCCAGACACUUGAAGAUAAGACAAGGCAGAUAACAGCAACCACAAUUCAUAAAGUUCUAAGCAGCAACAUCAAUCCUCCAGUGACACAAAGAGCCCAUGUGACUGAGAAACCAACCUUAACUAAAAUAGAAAGACAGAGAGUUUAUAGCUGGGGAAUACAACCUGAGAGGCAAGAUGUGCCUAUCCACCCCUGGCUAAUACCAAAGAAUACACCAAAAAACAUCUCAGUCACUCAGUCACCUCAAUUCUGGGCCAACAACCAUGGCAUUCCAGUCUGGCCCACAGUUCAUACAUCAAGACACCAUCCUUCCCAAAACAAAGCUUGGUAUUUUCAACAGACAGGGCACAGGGGUACAGGGGUCACUAAUCAACCUCAAAUCACUGCUCAGACAGCAAAGCCCACAGCUUUGGGGAAGGCGACAGCUUCCUUUGCAAGGACCAUAGCUCCACAUGUCAGCUCCUUGUCUCGUGUACGAGACCACUUGCUCUUCAACAGGCUCAGAAACAGAUACAGACAAUCACAGCUUAAUGCAUAUAGACUGGCCCAGCUGGGAAUGUUGGUUACCUCUAAACCAAAGACAUAUCAGUCCACCCCUCAGCCUCACCAAGCACCAAAUUUCCCAAUUAUCUACAAGCCUGUGACUCCUGCACCUGUCUUGGUAUAUACAAGCAAACCCCCCACCACAGCUAAUGUGCCAUUUGGAGGCCGAUGGCACUACAGUCAUUUUGGAGCAAAGAAACUGAGCACUGCUAUUCCUUUUCCAAACUUGAUGCGAAGGGGCACGAAACCCAGUAUCACAACUGAAUCUGUUACUGUAUCUGCUCUAGCAGAAGCAGAUGUGCACCUGUCCUGUAAAUCAUCCGGGGACCCAAAACCUGAUGUAUCAUGGACCAAAGUUUCCACAGGUGCGACCAUUCAGGCCAACACAAAACAUGGACAAAGAUUUGAAGUCCUUCCAGAUGGAACUUUUAGGAUAAAGAAUGUCCAGUUGCAAGACAGAGGCCAAUACCUCUGCACAGCACAAAACAAAUUUGGUUCGGACCGUAUGGUAGUUACACUUGUUGUGCAAACUCAGCCUCCAAAAAUCAUGAGUUUAAAGCCCAGAGAUGUGUCUGUAUAUUUGGGAAAACCAGUCAGCUUGGACUGUAUUGCUGUUGGUAAGCCUGAAGCUCAGAUCUCAUGGAUACUUCCAGAUAAGACAUUUGUGCGAGAUGUUGGUACCCAUGACCAAAGAGUAUACCUUUUUCCAAAUGGAACGUUGAGUGUUUACUCAGCAAAUUUUUCCAGUAACGGUGAUUAUAAGUGUAUUGCCAGCAAUGCAGCAGGGGCUGAUACACUAACGUACCACAUUCAUGUCGCAGUUCUUCCGCCGACAAUUGCAGAGAUUUCAUCUGAGAGUAUAUCUAUAAAUGUUGGCAGAAGCAUAUAUGUGCAUUGCACUGCUAAAGGAGAGCCAUCCCCUCUCAUUAAGUGGAUUCUCCCUGAUGGAUCACAAUUGAAGGCCACACAGUUCAUUGGAAGGCGGUUAUUUAUUUUCCCAAAUGGAACACUUUUUAUAAAGAAUGCCAGUCCCAUUGAUUCAGGGAGGUAUGAAUGUUUAGCUACCAACCCAGUGGGCUUUGCUAAAAGAAUGGUGAAGAUGGACAUAAGGCAAGAGGAUCCAGAUCCCUGGAAAGGCUUAUCUCAGCAACACAGUGUUACAGCAACCUAUGGAUCCAUAGUUUAUUUGCACUGUCCGGAGUCUACAGGCUCCCAGAGAGGCACAGUUUGGAGACUACCCUCUAAAAUCUUGCUGGAACAUCACUACAGUCCACAAAGACACAUCACUGCUUUCCCCAACGGCACUUUGAGAAUUCUGAGACUGACUGAGAAAGAUGGCGGCAAUUAUCUGUGCAUGUACCAAAGACCAAAUGGUGAGGACAUGGAGCUGUUCCAAGUAGAAGUUCUCAUGAGUCCACCAAAGAUAGAGAACACUGGUACGCAACAUAAGAGAGUUGCUAAUGGAGACAACUUCCUAGUAGACUGUGUAGCUUCUGGCCUUCCAGACCCUGAGGUAUCAUGGAGCCUCCCAGAUGGCACCAUGAUCAACAAUGCUCUCCAGUCGGAUGACAGUGGAAUCCGUAAUCGGCGCUAUAUCAUCUUUGGCAAUGGGACACUUUUGUUGCAACAAAUGGGAAAGAAUGAUGAGGGCAAUUAUACAUGUUAUGCUAAGAACACCCUGGGAGAAGAUGCGAUGAAAGUAAGUGUACAAGUGGUGCCAAACUUACCACAAAUAUCUCCUUAUGAUCAGAUAUCCAUUUGGGGUACUUUUGGUAAAUCAACUGAAAUAAAGUGUGAAGCUACAGGUGUGCCACAACCUACAAUCAUCUGGAUCUCUCCAAGAAAUGAGAUAAUAACCUCAUCUUCAGUCAAAUACCAAAUCCUUAAUGAUGGAACUCUAAUAAUAAAAAAACUGACUUUGGCUGACCAGGGAAAAUACGCCUGUGUGGCACGGAACCCAGCCGGAGAUCACAUUAAGAAUGUGAAGCUUCUAGUUGAGGUUAAAGAGCCGAAAAUCGAUGGACAAAUUGGACGAACAGAGAAGAAAGUUUUAGCUGUGUAUUACCAAACACUACUGCUGGACUGUAAAGCUGAGGGUAUGCCUGAGCCACAAGUAACCUGGACUACACCCUAUGGUAUGUCACUGGCCACACCAUAUUUGGGAGGCAGAUUUCAAGUCCACAGAAAUGGCAGUCUUGAGCUGAGGGGCAUUCGAAAAACUGAUGAAGGUCGGUUUUUGUGCAUAGCCAAAAAUUACUUAGGGGAAGCAAGUCUAGCAAUUGACCUGGAAGUUGCAUCACUUGCUGAAAAGCCAAGCUUUCUGGUGCCAAACAUUGAGGUUCUUCCUCUCAAACCAGAUGGUGAUGACAUCAUUUUGGAGUGCCGAGCAGCUGGGAAACCAAAGCCAGAGUUUGUUUGGAUUCUACCCAAUGGGACAGCGGUAAACCCAGGCAUGAAACUUCAAAGGUUUACACAUUACCUGGGAAAUGGAACUUUACACAUCAUGCGGCCAGUUGUCACCGACAAGGGCGUGUAUCGUUGCCUGGCCAAGAAUAUAGCUGGACAAGCAGAAAAGCGUUACGCUUUUGAACUUGGACAAAAGCCUCAAAUUAGAAGUACAGCUAGUACUAUGAAGAUUUCAUUUGGACAGACAUUAAACAUGCCAUGCACAGUGGAUGGGUGGCCUCAGGCAGCAAUUACAUGGACUCUUCCAAAUGGCCUGGUCUUGGACAAGCCUCAGGUUUUUGGAAGAGUGACAUAUUUAUUUAAUGGUACACUUCAGGUUAAGGACACUUCGAAAUUUAAUAGAGGAACUUAUACCUGCAAAGCCACAAACACAUUUGGAUCAUCAACAUUGUCAUAUCCAGUGAGUAUUAUGGUGUUUCCACCUCAAAUCACUCAUGCUCCCCCUUCAGUCACAAGAGUUAGAAAGGGGUCUCCUGUGAUUUUAAACUGUAUAGCUGCUGGCAUACCCAAACCAGACAUUUCUUGGACUCUCCCUGGACGUACCACACUUGUACCAAAUAAUCGCUUCACAGGGCAGAAUGGAAUUUACAUGACAGAAGAGGGUAAUUUGGUCAUGCAGGACCCAGGUCUCAUGAACUCAGGGAUUUAUAAAUGUAAUGCCAAAAACGCCUUGGGAACGGAUUUCAAAGCAACAUACCUUCAAGUGAUCUGAAUCAGAAGUCGUUUAGGUCAUGCAGUCUUAGCUUCACAUACAAAACUGAAUGAAAAUUCUUUACUAUUCCCAAACAAGUUUUGGGCACCUACAGUAAAUCAUUUAAAACCAUGUAAGCAAUGUUGUUAAAGGGCAUUAAUGUUUUUACAGUGUCACAGCCAUGGGUGCCAAAUGCCCAAGGCUAAGAUUUAUUUGGUAAUCUGUAUUUAAUUUAUGAAAUUAUUGGUUUGUACAUAUUUAUAUAUUCCACAGAAUAAUUUUACAUUACGUUUUUAUUAAAUUGUACAAAAACAU